UAUGUUCUUGUCUGCAGAAUUCCUUUUGUGGAGUCUACAAAUUCAUUUAGGAACGUGGACAGUGUUGUCUCAUAAAUUUUAAUAAUGAUUACAUGUGAUAUAGAUCCUGAUGUUGUUCGAUGGGAUCUCCAAGAUCUGCAAAUUUGUGUAUUUAACCAUUCUGGUGCCAGUGGAAGUGUCACGCAGUAUGACAAAGACAAUAGUCAAACUGGAUAUAUUAGAGAGGGUUAUCAAGAACCUGAACCUGAAAAUGUAAAUGUGGAGAAUGAUGCGGUUAUCGCACAUGCCCUUCAAGAGGAACUUUCACUACUUGCUGCUGCAGAGGCAUCUGGAUUUAACAAUCCUUGCCAAGAUAUCAUUCUUGCUCAAGAUUGGGUUGUUCUUCCCGGAAGACAACAUAGUUCUGAUCAUGAACAUGGGCAGAAAAUCAUAGAAGAUCUUAACCAAAGACGUGGAAAUGAAGUUAAGCAUGGAAAGUCGGAUUUAGAUGAUCCUAUCACAAGUAGUUGUGAACAAGGUGGCGACUCUGGCAUGGGAGACAAAAUUUCUCAAGUUGAAGACAUGUUGCGUAUUGAUAUAAUCGAUCAAUCAUCUGUUCUUGAUGGUCAAGUAGAGAAGAGGCUGAAUGACAUGGUUGCUAUUCCUCAUGUACCUAAAAUUAAUGGAGAAAUACCAUCAGUUGAUGAAGAAACUUCAGACCAUCAAAGGCUGCUUAAUAGGUUGCAGUUGUAUGGUCUGAUUGAGAAUAAGGUUCAAGGUGACGGUAACUGUCAGUUUCGUUCAUUAUCAGAUCAACUUUACCGUUCUCAAGAUCACCACAAGUUUGUGAGGCAGCAAGUUGUUUACCAGCUUACAUCAAAUUCAGAGAUGUACGAGGGUUAUGUUCCAAUGGCUUAUGGUGACUAUUUGAAGAAAAUGAGCAACAGGAAUGGUGAAUGGGGUGAUCACGUUACCUUGCAAGCAGCUGCAGAUUUGUAUGGCGUAAAGAUAUUUGUAUUAACUUCCUUUAAGGAUACAUGUUAUAUUGAGAUCCUUCCACAUCGUCCGAAGUCUGAACAAAUUAUUUUCUUGAGUUUCUGGGCUGAGGUGCACUAUAACUCGAUUUAUCCUGAAGAAGGUAGCCCUAAACACAUCAACAUGCAUCUAUUUAAACUUCAUUGUGAUUCUUAAUUUAACCCGAGUAGCAUACCUAAUAUUCGGACAUGGGUAUAAGGUAUAAUCCCCCCAAGUAUCCUGAAAAACUUCAAAAAGAAAAAGUGUGUUCAACCGUGCCAGACGUGUACUAGUAUUCAAGAUUUCUUGUUUCUCAUCAUACAAGAUCAUGUAGUUAUCGACUUGUUACCAUAUUGAGCAGAGUUAUUUACAAAUCAUGGCCCAUAUUCGUAUCGACACAAAUGUUGUUUUACGCUUUACGUCUUAUGUCCAGAAGUACGAUGCUAGAGAGCAAGAAAAAGAAAAAAUGGUGGAUAUUUUGAAGGUAGGAGGAUGGCUAACCAUGUCGACCAUAAAUUUAGAUUAUAUGCCUUUAGGCUGCUUUUGCUAGUAGUUCCUUGGAGAAAGGUGCAACUAACUAUUCUUUAUUU